AUGCCGUUCUCGAUCGGUUUGGACCAAAGUAAAGACCUCUUCCUGAGGCUCCAGCAGUUCAUAGAGUUGCAGGAGGCAUCCCAUAUGCUUGAACAACUCCGCAAUGUCAUUGCUAUGAGCCUGCCGCACCUCACGUCAACGGGGGUUCAGGCUAAGGCGGGAUCCAGCAAGAUCUGCCUCGUGCCAGAUCUAAGUGGAGAACUCCAGAUUUGGCGUAAUCGAGUGCCGUCUCGAGCUGAGCCCAUGAGCGUUUGGGGAGAGAUCUUCACAUGGAGGCAAUUUGCUUUCCAUCUCGCCAAGCGGUUGUGCAGAGACGUGGACCCCUCGGAAGCGAAUCUGCCUCCUGAUGUUGCAUCAGUACGUGGCAACCAAGGACUCCAGCCUGUCCACUCCUCAUACGUUCAAGAUUCGGCCUGGUCUAAU